UUAGUCCGGGCACGCAGAGCGCAUGCGUGGAGUAGAUUGUGUACCCCCCGCGCGCAGCUCCGGGCGCAUCAUUGACAGGUUACUCGCGUGCACUUCUCAUACUGUGCAUUGAACACCUGUAAGAUGUGCAUGGAAACAACAACUGGGUGGAAAUCACGAGGUGCCAUUAAGCCCGUGCAAACCCUCUAAAAUCUCAUCACAAUGACUAAUUGGACCAACGUGUCCAGCUGCCCGUUCAGCAUCACUUUAUGCGCCGAGGACAUUAUGGAUAGUAACGCAACAGCCGAGGACUUUGAGUACCCCGUCCAUCUCUUUCCAGUCCCCAUCCUGACUGGCAUCACAGUGACGUGCUCGUUCCUGUUCCUCGUCGGAAUCGCCGGGAACCUGUUGACCAUCCUGGUGGUCACCAAAUACAAAGACAUGCGAACCACCACGAACCUGUACCUCUGCAGCAUGGCACUCUCAGACCUGCUGAUCUUCCUCUGCAUGCCCCUCGACCUGUACCGGGUCUGGCGGUACCGGCCGUGGAACUUCGGCGACGAGCUCUGCAAACUCUUUCAGUUUGUGAGCGAAAGCUGCACGUACUCCACCAUCCUCAACAUCACGGCGCUCAGCGUGGAGAGGUACUUCGCCAUCUGUUUUCCCUUCAGGGCGAAAGUCAUCGUCACGCGGGGUCGGGUAAAAGGGGUGAUCUUGCUCCUCUGGAUCGUGGCUCUGUGCAGCGCCGGACCCAUAUUCAUUCUGGUCGGGGUCGAGCACGAGAACGGCACCAACCCCUGGGAGACCAACGAGUGUAAAGCCACCGAGUAUGCCAUCCGCUCCGGACUGCUUACUAUGAUGGUGUGGGUCUCCAGCGUGUUUUUCUUCCUCCCGGUCCUCUGUUUGACGGUCUUAUACAGCCUCAUAGGCAGAAGGCUGUGGAGAAGAAAGGAGAACCCCGUCGGACCCAUUUCUAGCCGGGAAAAGAACAAUAAACAAACGGUCAAGAUGCUAGCUGUGGUGGUUCUAGCGUUUGUUCUCUGCUGGCUGCCGUUCCACGUGGGUCGUUACCUCUUCUCCAAGUCGUCCGAGGCCAAUUCACCCCUCAUCUCCCAAAUCAGCGAAUACUGCAACCUGGUCUCAUUCGUGCUGUUUUACCUCAGCGCCGCGAUCAACCCCAUCCUCUACAACCUCAUGUCAAAGAAGUACAGGAGCGCGGCAUGCAAACUGUUCGGAGCGAAGCGCGCUCCCGGACGCUCGGUGCAGAGCAUCGUGAACGCCGAGAGUUUUUCGGUGUGGAACGAGUACAGCUGGAGCACGUGACAGAGGAAAAGCCUCGGUCAAUAAAAGUGCACUUUUUAAAAGACUUAAAAAAAAUCUUCACGAGAACGAAAAGGACCGUCGACGUUAAGCUCGUGCAUUUUUAAUUUUAACCAUCCAUUUGAAGAGUCAUAUAUCAUAAAACCCAGUGCAUAUUUUCAGUUUAGCCUGUAUAUAGCAUUCAAAAAUAACUGCUGAGCACUGAAAAUUAUAUUAUUAAAUUACACACGAAUCUAAUGCAGAAUGCAACAUUUUGGUAUUAAAAUAAUAAAAAUAUAUUAAUUUAGCGGGUUUUUUAUUUAUUUUUUGAUGGUGACAUUUAAGGCACAACAUAUUACCUAGUGCAUACACCAAAUGGGCCUAUUAUUGUAUAUCAUGAAGAGGUUUACGCACAGGUAUUGCCAUCAGCAGUACCACAGCAGACACCAGCGGUGUGAGGAUGGUAUUCAUGCAAACUGUACAUAUGCACAAUAACCCAAAAAUGCCUUAAACUGUGUGAAGUACUGGAUGACAGAGCACUGUAGAUGCAAGCACUCCAACAUUGUACCCUAUGUGGGAGAGAUACAAUGGUGCUGAAUGCUAAAAUCCCAUGCCAUAAAAAGCUCUCACCAAGCUUGUGUUGUCAGAUUUUAUCAUUUACAUGUGUAGCAGCCAUAAAAAGUGCACUUAUUGCAGGUUUGUGAACACUGCUGCCACAGUCGUUUCGUGUAAGCUUUGUUUAAAUUCUGCCUUUGUUGCUUGUUGGCAAUGGCAGUGUAAUUUAAAUGUAAAACUACUUCUUGAGAUGCUUGUAAAACACUGAAUAUUUGACAUGUUUUAAUAUUUCUUAAAGAUAUUUGAUAUAUUAUGUCUAUUUGCCUUUUAACGCACACUGUGAUACAUUUUCUGGAAUGUGUUCCUGUGUAAUAUACA